AUGUCACCACCCAGAAAUGGCGUUGCGCUAUACACAAUCUCGUCGAGUCUGAGUGACAAGUAUGCCACCUUGCUAAACAGCACGAUUCGACAAUACGUCACUCUGGAAGAUUUCAACAAAGAGCAGUCUCAACAAACUUGGCUGGUCUCUUAUGACGCAGGAACUGGCAUUGCGACGUUCAAGAAUGCGGUAGCGGAAGGGAAUUAUGCUACGGUCAACGACCUGCUCAGCUUGAUUGUCGGCGGGAAAGAUGCGCAGGAGUUCAAACUAAUCCCAAUGUCAGAGACAAGCGACUACUUUGCCAUCCAAGAGAUUUCGGACGCUGGCAAAGUGUGGUAUCCUGAAUACAUAGAUAGAGUGGAAGUGAUCCGGGCCAGAAGCAUUCCUCAUCCGACGACCAAUGACAUGUCGCUAGCUAUACCGGCUAUUUUGACUGCGCCUGCGGACCUUGGGAGUGUCAGUACUACCACAAUUGCCCAGCCGGCCUCUGCGGUUAUUUUCCCCUCUGUUAUCCAGUCUUUCCAAAGUCCCGCGUCAACAUCCAUGUCUACCAACACAACCUACAUGUUGAUCCAGUCACUGUCCCCUUCAGCUGCCGUCACAUCGGUCACCACAAUCAUAGUCACCGACGUGAUGACAACUACGAUUGCAAUCAUUCCGACGUCUACGACUACCGUCGUCGAGACUGUGACUGCAACCACCACUGUGACCACCACUAGUACGCCAUGGGGCGGUCGCACAGCAUGGGCAGCUCCUCCGGACAUGACCGACUUAUCUGCGUUUAAUGUCACUCACUUCCCAAGCGGCAAGCAGAACGUCGCCAUCAUCGACAGUUUCUCUGCACUCGCCAUUGUCCCAGGAGGAUCUGUGUAUGCCCAUGAUAUAAAUAUCUCGCAGAACGCAGCGAACUCACAGAACGUGACGGACUUUACCGCCGCCUUACAGCUUGUCUACCCAGCGUACUCCGUUAACCCUUCCAGCAAGUCCCCAGGUGGAGCAGAGUUUUACGCAACGCCAUUGAACCUAAGUGAUGCUCAGAGUGUCACGAUGGAAUAUAGCGUCUUCUUUCCCGCGGAUUUCGACUGGGUGAAGGGAGGAAAACUGCCUGGCCUGUACGGGGGUCACACAGGCUGUUCUGGGGGCGCUGCUGCCAAAGACUGCUUUAGCACACGACUAAUGUGGAGGCAAGGCGGUGCCGGCGAACUAUAUCUGUACGCUCCGAAGAGCCAGCAAACAAAGUCGUUAUGCUCUGAUCCCCAGUCAGUCUGCGAUUUCGAAUAUGGACUUUCAAUCGGAAGGGGAUCGUUCCACUACAGCAGAGGAAAUUGGACGACAUUGCGCCAGGAUGUCGUGCUCAAUACACCUGGGAAGCAGGAUGGAGCGUUUGCUUUGUUCGUUAACGGGAUGCAGGCAAUCAACCGGACAGACGUAUUUUAUCGUGGCGCACCUCAGCAGAAAAAUAAGUCAAAACCAAAAGCCACUUCCAGGCCUUCCACGUCACCAACUCCACAGCAAACACAGGGUGGUCUGCUGGGAAUUCUGGCAGUGACGGCUACAGCGCAAGGAACUGUGGCUUCUCAGUCAUCCAUCAUCCAUACAGCACGAGAAGCACCGACGAUUCUCGUUGCUGACAGGGCCUCUGUCUUGAGCAAUAGUACUAGUGAUUCCAGCGAUCAACAAGCGGUCGGUUUUGUUGGGCUUUUCUUCAGCACUUUCUUCGGCGGGCACGGAGACGGCUGGGCCACUCCCAAACAACAGUAUACGUGGUUCAAGGACUUUGCCAUCACGCGCAACUUUUGA